AUGAAGUUCCUAACAUGGAAUGUCAGGGGCUACAAUGCCCUUGACAAGAGACGCCUGAUCAAAAGAGGUUUUGAUCAGGUUAAGUCGAAAGUUAUUUGCAUUCAAGAAACUAAAUUGGGAAGAGAAGAUGGAGCUAGAGUUUUUGGUGUUAGGCAGAGGUGGUUUGGUUUCUUUGUGGAAUUAGAAGGGGCUUCAGGUGGGCUAGGCAUUUUGUGGAAUCCAUUGGCUCUUCAGGUGGAUGUUGUCUCAAGCUCUAAACAUUGGCAGAUGGUAAAGGUGAAUUCAAAGAUUAUGAACUUUUCUUGUUUUCUAAUCAAUGUCUAUAGUCCCACUUUGGCUGUGGAGAAGUGUCGGUUGUGGGAGGAGAUUUCCAAACUAUUAGAGGAGGUGAGGCCGACAUUAGCUAUUGUAGCUGGGGAUUUCAAUGCCACUCUUUCCUUCUCAGAAAAGCGUGGAGGGGUGAGAAGGAUGUGUACGAUGCAAUCUGAGUUUCAGACAUUUGUGGAUUCCAAUGCCCUGUUUGAAAUGGUUGCUAAAGGAGGGAGUUUUACUUGGACCAAUAGACGACAGGGCUUUUCCAACAUUGCUGAGAAAUUAGAUAGGUUCUUCCUUGCAGGGGAUUGGAACUUGGCACCCCUGGUCUUUGAGGCUAAAGUUUUAGCUAUUUCAGGUUCCGACCACUUCUCAGUCUCUUUGGUUGUGCAGAAAGAUGGAGUUCUGCUCCGGUGUCCAUUCAAGGUGGAAAAGAUGUUGUUAAGGGAGGCAGGAUUUAGAGAUCAGGUGGUUGGUUGGUGGAAGGAAGCUCCAGUGGUGGAAGGCUUCUUGGCCUUUCAGUUCUUUAAAAAGCUUAGUUUUGUGAAACAAAAACUAAAAUCUUGGAACAGGGAUGUGUUUGGUAAUAUCUUUGAUGAAAAAAGAAGGAUUGAAGGGGAUCUGGGGGCAUUGAAUGUGAAAGUCUUGGCUGAAGGGAUGGAUGAAGUGGAUUAUCUCACAGAGAACGACCUGCUAAGUAGAUAUGGGGAAGUUCUGCAGAGGGAGGAGAUUUACUGGAAACAAAAAUCGCAAGAGAAUUGGCUUAAAGCCGGUGAUAGAAACACAAAAUUUUUCCAUAGCUCGGUGAAGGCUAGGAGAAGCCUCAAUAGAAUCCUUUCCCUACGACUAGUGGAUGGAACAUCUACGGAGGACCCAAACCGUAUUAGUAAGGAGGCGGUGGAUUUCUUUGGGAAUCUAUGGAGGAAGAGCGAGUCUGGUUAG